AGAGAAAGAUAAAGUGGAAAGGACUUUAUUCUAAAGACACCCUAAAAGUAACUAUCAAGCAUGAUGAUUAGGCGAAAAGAAAUGCUACACGUCCCGUGUGUAGUGAAGCUCGGUUGUUCAGGGGCGGUUUAAAUACAUGGUUAGGAAAGGAUGGAGGAAGGGAAAGGGUAACGUACGGAUUUGAUUGAUUUCUCAUGGCAUAGGGUUUUGAACAGACUGACUAGGAGACUGGUCAGUGACAGGUCAGGCGUGCUAUCGUACAGGCAGAUCGUAUACUUAUGCUGAUCGAGGAUCGAACGGGAUCGAAAAAUACAUUGAUCGCAGCUUUCAACGCCUUAAGUCUAUCUUCUUCUUCGUUUGUCAACAAUUUGGUCGUCGGACGAUGGUGAAUAAAAUCUGGUGUCAAGAAGGAGCAAAAAAAUGGUUUUUUAAGAAAAAUCCACCAUUGCAUCCACGAGUUUUGUCCGAACCAAAAUGUCAAAAAUAUGUAGCCACCUGGUAUCUAUUAUAUCGUUGGUUAAUUUUUAUGGCCUGGGCUUGUAUUGUCAUAUGUUCAAUUUUCGAAUUUGGUAGUUACAAACCUAUGUUAGCGUACGAUAAAUGGCCAAUUUACAUGACCAACUGGGAUUUAGUAUUAGGAUUCACUCAAGCUUUACUUGGCGGUUUUCUCGUAUUGAGAAGAUGGAAUCUGCAAAAAGUAUCGGGCUUCGAUCCUUCUACGUUAAUGCUAGGAUCGAUGGACAAAGUUUAUUUGUUCCUUUAUGUUUUAACUACUAAUACAGCGAUUGUAAUUACGAUUACUUAUUGGAGUAGUAUAUAUGAUCCUACAAUUCAUUAUUUGGAUCCUUUAAAUAUUAUGUUACACAUAUGUAACAGUAUUUUAAUGAUAAUAGAUUUUUGUAUCACGAGCAUUCCAUUUAGACUAAGGAACUUUUGGUGGUGUUUAAUUUUAGUUAUUUUGUACACUAUAUUUUCAGUAAUAUAUUAUUUGGUUGGUGGAGUAGACAAGAAUGGUUACCAUUAUAUUUAUAAAAUUCUUGACUGGAAAAAGCCCAUUCAAGCUUCAUUGGUAUGUAUAGGUGAAGCUGUCUUAAUAACCAUAUUGCAUUCUUUAAUGUGUUUCUUAGAUAUAAUAAAGAAUAGAUUGUAUUUGAAAAUUGACAAAAAAUUAGGAAGAUCAUAUUUAGAAACACAGAUGUCUAGAAGAGAAAAAAAUAUCGAUAUUGUUUAAAAUUUAGCGAUAAUAGGUAAUUUUUUUUUUUUAUAUAUAAUUUUGAAACGUAUUAUUUUUAUUUUAAUUUUAAAAGUAUUAAUUUUAAAACGUAUUAUAUUUUACAAUUAUAUAUUUAAAAAUUGUAAUAAUUCCUUAUAUAUUUUUUUAAUUACAAAAUAGCGUAAA